AUGAUCUCUGCCCCCUCGCUGCCGCUGCUCCGCCAGGAGGACCUGGCCUGGCUGGCAGACCUGAUGAGCCACGUCCACGCCAACAGCGGGAGCUACGACCCCGACAGCGCCCCCCACGCGCUGCCGGCCGCGCUGGAGGACGCCCUGUCGCACUUUGGCCGCGCGCCGUCGCCCGGCGCCGCGCAGCUGCUCAACGCGGCGCGCUCUUUCUGGACCCCCGCGCGCGUCGAUAGCUUCCUAGAGGAGGCGCGCGGCAAGAUCACGCCGGCCUCCGCGGCCGCGGUCCGCGACAUGGUGGAGCGCCUCAACAGGGACAUCUCAUCCGCCCCCGGCCGCGGGGCGCUGGAUACCAUGGACAUCCUCGAGCUCGCCCUCCCCCCAGCCGAGCUGUGGGCCAUGGCCAACGCGAGGGAUCUCGAUCUCGCGGCCCGCCCGCUCGACUUCCACGACUUCCAGGACGAAGAUUUCGUGGACAGGAUGAGGGAGCACAUCUCGCCCUGCUGA